AUGGCGAGAUGGACUAACAGAACUAUACCAGAAGAUCUGGAAAGAGAAUUAGAAAUAUAUCUUGAGUGUUUUGUUAUAGUGUUUGCAGAUGACACGGUGUUGUUGGCUGAAACAGCACAGGACCUGCAGACUCAACUCAAUGCUUUCCAUGAUUAUUCACUUAGUCUAUGUUACGAUGUUGUCGAUUUAACACAUACUCUCAGUAAUGCGUCUAUCCGUUACCCGGGAAAUACCCCAUUUGAACUACAGAUUGACUUCAGAGGACCUUUCGGAUCUGACAAUUGGUUUGAAAUCAAUUCGUUUCGUACGACGGAACACAUUGGAACACAUGUUGAUGCACCAGCCCAUUUCGCUGACGGUUCAUGGCGAGCACACCAGAUACCUGUUGACCACCUUGUAGGGAAUGGAGUUAUAAUCAACGUAAAAAAUAAAGUACAAAAUAACCCCGAUUAUCGCGUGACAUUAUCCGAUGUUUAUGAAUGGGAGCGGAAAAACGGCAGAAUACCAGAUGGAUCAGUAGUUCUAAUGAAUUCCGGUUGGGACAUCAGAUAUCCGGAUUUUAGACAGGUUUUCAAUACGCAAACACCAAAUGACGGAUCUACUUUCCAUUUUCCAAGCUGGCACCAAGCCACUGUAAGUUGGUUGAUAAGGAAUCGUCGAGUUAAUGUAAUUGGCGUGGAUACACCCUCCAAUGACUACGGACCUUCAACAGAUUUUCCUGUCCACGUUUUGAUGGCUAAAAACAAUAUUGUCGGCGUAGAAAAUGUGGCCAACUUAGAUGCAUUGCCACCAAACGGUGCUUUGCUAUUCGUAAACCUUCUGAAGAUAUUGGACGGGAGCGGAAGUCCUGCAAGAAUCAUGGGUUUCAGGACAAAACGAAGGCUGAAAUUUAAAACCAAUUGCUCUAAACAUUAUUAUCGAUCUCAAUACUAG